UAUCGAAGGCGAGUAUGUUCCUGUGGCAGGCGACGAGGUCACCUACAAGAUGUGCACCAUCCCGCCGAAGAACGAGAAGCUUCAGGCAGUGGAGGUGGUGAUCACCCAUCUAGCUCCUGGAACCAAGCACGAGACCUGGUCGGGGCACGUCGUCAGCUCCUGA